CUAAUUUCGACUGGAAAAAUAUCUUGAAAAGGGUUUAGGUUAUAAUAGCAAUCGCUCUUCUGAAUAUGGGCGAAUCCACCAUGAAAGGGUUUGAAUUUAUCGAUAGUAGUGAUGCGUCAGACAUUCCAAGACACCGUUGCUUUAGCAGGAUUAGCGUCGAGGGAUAUGACACUUCGCUUUAUGCGUAUGAUGUCAAGCUCGCGUUGAGAAAACAUUUCUCUUCAUGCGGAGAUGUCACAUAUGUUAAUGUCCCCAAAAACUUUGAAAAGGGUACCCUCCACAGAUAUGCCUUCCUGCAUAUUGACGGAGAAGGUGCCUUAGAGAAGGCGUUGCAACUUAGUGGAAGUGACGUGAAGGGCGCUGGAUGGCGUGUAUUCGUUAAGGAGUCACCGAUGCCGUGUGGGGGAAUAAACAGGGAUCCUCAUACCGCUGAGUCAAUCAAACACGCGCGUUCAGAACGCACGUAAUUAAUACCAUCUCUCUUUUCUUUUCUUUUUUUUUAUGUGUUGUUGUUAUCGUUGUUGUCAUGUUGAUCAUAUCAUCACUAACUAUAGAUGGUGUAAGCAAAACUGUUAGUAUCGUAGUCAGGGGAUUUGACACUUCGCUCCCUAAGAUUGAUAUCCAGAUCGGGCUGAGUAAAUACUUCUCUUCAUGUGGAGAGGUCCACUUUGUUUCGGUUCGCCUC